ACUUUGGUGGUUUUCACAGGGUUUUGCUUUUUGCUCAUCACAUUGAAAUUGAAAUUCAGAGAGAGAGAGAGAGAGAGAAAGAACAACAACAAAAACAUCAACACAAGUACACAACAAACAACAUACCCAACAAAACAAACCGAACUAUUUUGAAAAUGGGUACUAUCUGAAAGAAACCAACGUUUUUUUUCCUUACAAACAAUGAGACAACAUUUUUUAUGAGAUGAGAUGAGAUCCUUUUCUGUUACUGAAUAUACCUCGAUCUCACAUUUGUCUCAAAUUCACAAAAAAUUUGCCGAAAUUUCAAUUCAUUUGGAGUGAUCUUUGAAACAACAAUCUGUGGGAAAAGGUGGUCUUUGAUGGGUUUUGUUUGCUUCUUUCCUUAAAAUACGCUAACUUUCUUUUUUUUAUUAAAAAAAAAAAAAAACAGUGUUGGGUUUAUCCUUGGGAUUUGAGAUAGAUGACGUUGGUUUCUCGAACAAGUUUGAAUUUUGACGUAUGUGGGUUUUUAUUUUGGGAGUUUUAGGACACAGGAAUUUUCAGUUCGAGAACACAGUUUACACAAUUCGUUUUCCAAAUUAAGCCUGGUGGGGUUAAGCAGCACGUGGUGUUCGAGUUUAGUUUACGGUGGAUGUUGGAUUGUUGAUGAUCAUUUCUUAUUUUGGCAUGGUUUCUGAGAUAUGGUGGCGCAGAAGAGGAUAGAUUAUGAAUUUCAUGGCUAUCAGGUGCCAACCAAGCCUCGUGCCGCACGAUCAACUAGGAAGAGAGAUAUAUUUCAAAAAAGGGUGGAGGACAAUAAAAUGUGUGCAUUUGAUUUAUUGGCCACCGUAGCCGACACUUUAUUGCAAGAGAAACAGAAUCCAAUUACAUCUAGUGAUGGAUCAUCAAAAAAAGAUCAGCAUGGAUUCAUUAAAGAAGAGGGCCAAGAUGCAAAUAAACCAUUAAAAGCUGAGCUCCCUGAUGAAGCAAGUCGUGACAGAAGACAUCAACAUGGAUUUGUUAAGGAAGGUUGCCUGGAUGCAAAUAAACCCUUGAAAACCGAGUUUUCUGAUGAUGGAAGUAGCGACAAGAAAUGUUUCUCUACUCUUUCGUCACAGGUCUACGACCAAAAUUUCUGUUUGAAGGAAAAUCCGCAUCUUGAAAUCGAUGGUCAGUCAUGCAUUGCUUCUAUAGUAACAAGUUCUAGUUGCUCAGAGAGGUUAGUUUCUGACAUUUUGGUGAAUGGAAAAAGCCGUAGUGAAAUGAAAAAUGUUACUAGCAAAGUUGAAUUAGGAUCCUCUAGAUAUCUAGAUUGUAGUGAUUGCAACUUAGAUGGUGAUGUAAGUAAAGUAAAGGAUGAGCUACAAAAAUCUGAGAAGGUGCCACUUGGUACUGGGACUGGAAUGUGCUGUUUUGAGGAUACGAUGGAUGAAAAACCUCCUGCGCUAGUUAGUUCAGGUGGCAAUGCCAAGUUGUCUCAGUAUGAUGAUAGCUUGCCUCGUAGCUCACUGCUCAGACGUUGUGAUAAUGUAACAGUAGUUAGUAAAGAUGACGACGAAAACGUUUUGGGGUGUGCUCACCCUAGUUCAAAAACAAAGUCCUUUAGGUCAAAGACUUGUAUAGGUGAUCAAAGAAUAAGGAAAAGAUUAGCUUCUAAAUAUCGGAAAGUUGCUCGAGAAUCAAAGCAUGAUACACUUUCUAACAAUGUUUCGGAUAGAAAUUUCAACCCAGUAUACAGCAGUAGGAAGAACUAUUCUAAACGCCAAAUAUCUCAAAUGAAUAUUCCUUUCAAAAAGAGGAAGAUUUUCGACUGCGGCUCGACUUCAAAUUCUAAUGGAGAUGUCAGAAAUGGUUGCACUUAUUAUUCACCGAAGAAUGACAUGAAUCAAGGUGGUUCUCGUUCAUCAUCAUGGAUGCGCAAAGAUCCUGAAAUGUCGUCUUUGGCAGCACAUCAUAAUUCCACAUUACGAUCUAGAGAUUCACAUGUGAAGCUUAGGAUCAAAUCAUUUAGAGUGCCAGAGCUUUUCAUUGAGAUUCCUGAAACUGCAACCAUUGGUUCCUUGAAGAAGGCAGUGAUGGAGGCAGUGACUACACUAAUUCGAGGUGGAUUGCGUGUUGGUAUGAUUCUCCAUGGAAAGAAGCUUAGAGAUGACAGUAAAACUCUACUUCAGACCGGAAUUUCUCAUGAUAACGAGCUGGAUGCUUUGGGCUUCACCCUGGAGCCUAAUUCUUCCUCUCAAAGCCUACCACUCAUAUGUGCUAAAGAUUUUCUUCAUGUUCCGAGUGCAGACACGCCUCGAUCUUUAAUAGGGCAUUCUUCCAGUCCAGCUGUAAUUCAUCCGACUCAGAGGAUUCUAGGUUUCUCCGACACUGAGCAUCAAGUAACUGGUUUAGGUAACCUUGUUGAAAGUGAUCACGAUUCAGCACCUUCUCCUAUCAAUCCAUUAGGCGGACAAAAAUUGUCAGCUUCCAAAGAACUUACUCCUAUUCCCGAAAUGGGUACGGAGGGACUGGCUAUGCUACCAGUGGACCAGAAACCAAAGCGAACUGAGAUUUCACAGCGGCGAAUUCGUAGGCCUUUUUCUGUUGCCGAAGUGGAAGCGCUGGUUGAAGCAGUUGAGACACUUGGUACUGGAAGGUGGCGUGAUGUUAAACUUCGUGCUUUUGAUGAUGCAAAGCAUAGGACAUAUGUGGAUUUGAAGUGCAGGAUAAAUGGAAAACAUUGGUCCAUACGGCAAGAAUAUCCCCUCAACAAAGAAGAGGGGAGCCUGUACCACAAGAACUUUUGGAUAGGGUCCUUACUGCUCAUGCAUAUUGGUCCCAACAGCAACAAACUAAGCAACAGAUCAAGAAUCACCCUGAAACUUGCCUUCUACUAUAAUAUAGGAGGGUGUUGAUAGCAAUGGACCAUUUAAUGUGACUUUGUAGAUUGGGGUUGGUUAGGUGUUCAGGUUUUCUGACCCUUUUGGUUACUUACUUUUUGCUUUUUGUAUCUAUGAUGAUAUAUAUGUUUAUUGCUUUAUCUAUAUGAUGUAAAAAAAUUAUAUAUACUACAAGGAAGAAAGUGAAGCAUAGGGAAGAGAAUUUAUGUAAACAUUCUCUUUGCUCACAUUAUGGUUCUUUCCCUGUGUGGAGAGGCUAUUUCUUGUAAAUAAAUGGUUGGUGCAAUAAAAAAGGGGCUUGCUAAUAGAAUUUCUUUUAUGUCAA